AUAAUUUUAAAGAAAGCUAGCUGUGAACGUUUCGAAAAAAUCUCCGUUGUCCAUGUUCGUUCUGUAAAUUCUCUCUCUCCAUCUCUCAAUCUAUUAUUCGAUUCUUGGAAAUUUGUUCUGAAUUCUCCCUAUAUCUACGAAAUAACUUUUCUCUCCCUCUUUUUUUCUUUUUUUUCUUUUUUGCAUUCUACAUUGCUGUUCAAGAUUUCAUUAUAGAACCAAAUUAUUAUAAAUUUUACGUGCAUUGAUUUUUAGUUUGAAGCAGCUCCUCUCAUUGUUUGACGCGGUGCUGUUUCAUCAACCUUUCUUUUUUGUUUCAGAUUGAUUAUUUUAUAUUUUGGACAAGUUUAUGUGGAGAUUGGUAUAAAAGGUAUUGCAUCCUCGUCGACGCAAUUUCGUGGUUUAUUGGUUUGAUUUUGAUAAUUUGUUUGAAGCUCUUUGGCUGCAAAGAAAACGCAAGAAAAUAAGAGGAAUUUCAGAGAUGGUCCCUGGGAGCAACAUAGAUAUGCCACUGAGCCUAGAUGAUCAUCUGCAAGGGCCCAAUGGUAAUUUAGAAGAUAGUUUGCAUAGUGAGCUAGAACUGAUACUACAAGCGCACCGCAAUCAACAUUUAAUUAAUGGAGAAAAGGGUCUCAAUAUAUUUAGGAGUGGCAGUGCACCACCAACUGUUGAGGGAUCAUUAAGUGCUGUGGGCAGUCUUCUUAGGAACCCCAAUUAUAGUAACAUUAGUAGCAUUAAUAAUAGCAGCAGUUUGACUGAUGAUGAGAUUCGCUCACAUCCAGCAUAUGUUUCGUAUUAUUAUUCUCACAAUAUAAAUCCGAGACUACCCCCACCAUUGUUAUCAAAAGAGGAUUGGCGUGUUGUCCAAAGGUUUCAAGCUGGUGGGUCUUUGCAAGGAGGCAUUGGGGAGUCGAGGAAGAAGUUGGUAGAUGAGGGCAAUGGUUCAUCACCUUUUUUGACGCAGCCUGGACUUUCUGUACAGAAGUUGGAGAAUGAUUUGAUGGAAGUAAGGAAUGCCAAUAGAAAUAAUUUCUCUGUGCAGAACUCGGCUGAGUGGCUUGAUAGGGGCUCAUGUGGUUCAACUGGUUUGCAAGAUGUUGGGCUUGGUGGGAGGAGGAAGAGUUUUGCUGACAUUCUUCAGGAGGGACUUGAUAGGCCUGCUUCUUUAUCAGGCCACCUAUCACGCCCAGCCAGUGAUAAUGCCUUUGGUGAUCUGCUGCGCACCACAGGGAUAUGUGAUCCCCAUCGACCUGAGUCUUGUGGUCGAUUGGAGUCCUUGGAGGGCUUGCGUUCAGGAUCUGCUUCUCGUAGCUUGGUAGGAGUUCAAAGCCAUGGAACAACUGUUUCUUUCUCAUCUGCAAUUGGUUCAUCACUGUCAAGGAGUACAACACCUGAACCGCAGUUAGUUGUCAGGCCUCUUAAUUCUGGUCUUCCUCCUGUGGGGAACAGAGUUGGCCCUUUUGAGAAAAAAAAUGUUGUUGGCUCUACUGCCCCGAAUGGUCAUUCUUCUGGCACGACUGACCUUGGUGAGACUGCGGCAACGUUUUCUGGCUUAAACCUAUCAAAAAGUAGGCAUGCAGAGCAGCAGGAUUUUAUUUUCAACACAUCCAGUGGUCAUAACCUUCUGCAGCAAAAAUUCAUAGAAAAAUCCAAUGCAGCAAAUCUCUUAUUUUGUACCAACUAUGUCGACGUAGCAAGAAAAAACAGGGUCCUGCCAAACCAUAAUGUUGCUGAUUUUUAUUCUCAUAGGGAGGUUAUGAUUCCCAAAAGAACUUGUUCUUUUGCAAAUCUUCAUUCGAACAUGAACUCCUCAGGCAUUGGAGGUUCGGAAAGAUCAAACGGUCAUCAUCAAAAUGCGAACGUUCAUAGCAUGGAUUUUGUCAGCCAUGUACCUGAUGCCUACCCCAUCAAUUACAAGCGAGAAACAACAUCCCUAAACCAUCUUGAUGGAGCUUUAGGUGGUUAUGGAAUUGGGCAUAGUUUGAAUAGAGCAGGAAAUCAAGCAGGGCCUCAACUUCAUGCUCCAGUUAUAGACUCGUGUUAUAUUCAAAAUUUUCAAAGAACUCCUGAUUUUGCAACAAUUACAAAUGGUCCUCAGGUUAGACACUGUUCUGCAACUUCAAAUGGAGACUUGGAUGUGAUCCAGAAAGCACACCUUGAAGCAUUGCUAGCUCAACAAAACCAACAAUAUCAGCCUGCAAUAGUUAAGUCUGGCAGUUUGAAUCAGGGGUACCAUAGGAAUUCAUCAUAUGGUGUUGGCAUGCCAUAUCUGGGGAAUGCAGCGGUAAACUAUGUGCUUCCUGCAGUUGGAUGUGGAAAUUUUCAGGAUGAGCAAGUUGCACACUUUACUUCUAUGGUGAGAAACUCAAUGGGAGGAUCUAUUGGGUCGUGGCACUCUCAUGUUGGCAACAACAUGGAAAGAAAAUAUGUUUCAUCCUUAUUAGAUGAGUUCAAGAACAAUAAAUCCAGGUCUUUCGAACUCUCAGACAUUGUUGAUCAUGUUGUUGAAUUCAGUACCGAUCAGUAUGGGAGUCGUUUUAUUCAGCAGAAACUAGAAACUGCUACAGUUGAAGAAAAGAGCAAGAUAUUCCCUGAAAUUAUCCGUCAUGCUCACACCUUGAUGACUGAUGUUUUUGGAAAUUACGUCAUACAAAAAUUACUCGAGCAUGGUACAGAAAGCCAAAGAAAAGAGUUGGCCUGUCAGCUUACUGGUCAUGUUUUACCACUCAGCCUUCAGAUGUAUGGGUGCAGAGUGAUUCAGAAGGCGUUGGAGGUAAUUGAUGUGGAUAAGCAGACUCAGAUGGUGGAAGAGCUUGAUGGUUCAGUCAUGAAAUGUGUUCGUGAUCAGAAUGGUAACCAUGUUAUUCAGAAGUGCAUAGAGUGUGUACCUGAAGAUCAAAUUCAGUUUAUAAUCUCAGCUUUCUACGGCCAAGUUGUGGCACUUUCCACUCAUCCUUAUGGCUGUCGUGUCAUUCAGAGGGUCCUGGAACACUGUGAGAACACGAACACACAAAAAAUUAUUAUGGAGGAAAUCAUGCAAUCUGUUUGCAUUCUGGCACAAGAUCAAUAUGGGAAUUAUGUUAUUCAGCAUGUACUUGAACAUGGGAAACCGCAUGAACGAUCUGUUAUUAUUAGGAAGCUUGCGGGACAAAUUGUAAAUAUGAGUUGCCAGAAAUUUGCUUCUAAUGUUGUGGAGACGUGCCUAAGCUUUUGUGGUCCUGACGAGCGUCAAAUAUUGGUGACCGAGAUCCUUGGUUCCACUGAUGAAAAUAAGCCCUUGCAGGCCAUGAUGAAAGAUCCAUUUGGAAAUUAUGUUGUGCAAAAGGUUCUUGAGACUUGUGAUGAGCGGAGUCUUGAGUUGAUUCUUUCUCGUAUCAAAGUUCACUUAAACACCCUCAAGACCUUCACUUUUGGCAAACAUAUAGUUUCUCGUGUUGAGAAGCUCAUCACAACCGGAGGACCUAUAGUAACAAACUUAUCAUUUGCAGAAAGGCGCAUAGGAUUGUCAUCCUCAACCUCAUUUUCCUCAUAAGGUACACGAGCUAGAAACUUCAGAGGCAGUUUUUCGUUUGCGGUAGCUGAAUGUCAGUAAAAGACUAGGAGGAAUAAUUUUUGCACAGUUAACAGUAGGCAAUUUUCACAAGUUUGUCAUCUCAUCUUUUAUUUUCUGCAAAGAUUUUAAUUGUAAAUAAAACCAAAAUGAAGGCCUACUGAAUGAGAUCAUUUUGUUUAUAAAUUGUAUAUUCAGUUUUCCCUACGUAAUACACAAUUGUCUUGGCUAGAAAUUAGUUAGAGAUCAGAGAGGCAAUUAACAUUUGCUUAUUCAUUUGAAGAGCACAAUAUCAAGUGUAUAUGUAUUAGACUUUGUGCAUUGAAGAAUAACAACACAAAUCUUUUUCAGAUA